GGGCGAGCGCGAGGGAGCGCGCGGCGGGCUCCUGGGAGCGUGCCCGGACUGCGGCGCGGCUCUGCCUGCCGCCCCGGCCCCGCCGAGCCCCCGGCCCGCGCCGCGCUCCUCCGAGGCGGGCGCCGAGCGGCACUGCAGGGGAAGCGUUGCCGGCGGGCGCCGGGGGCGUGCGCGCUGCGGGAGGCCGGACGGGAGCCGCGAGCCAGGAGCGGCGGGCCCGAGCCGGAGCGGCGGCCCCUCCGCCGGGCCGGUCUCACCUACCACAGUGGGCAUGAUGGCCGUGGACGUGGCAGAAUACCACCUGAAUGUCAUCAAGAGCCCCCCAGGCUGGGAGUUGGGUGUCUAUACUGCUGGGGCCCUCGCACUGCUGGGAAUUGCAGCUGUGAGUCUGUGGAAGCUCUGGACAUCGGGGAGCUUCCCCAGCCCUUCCCCAUUCCCAAACUACGACUACAGGUACCUUCAGCAGAAGUAUGGCGAGACCUACGCAGAGGCCAGGCAGAAGAGAGCGCCUGCUUGGAAUGUCCAGCGGGCCAGCACUCGGGGGCCAUCUAGUCGCAAAGGCAGCCUCAGCAUCGAGGACACCUUUGAGAGCAUCAGCGAGCUCGGGCGCCUGGAGCUGAUGGGCCGUGACCUGGACCUGGCUCCCUAUGGAACCCUCCGGAAGUCCCAGUCGGCUGACUCCCUGAACUCCAUCUCCUCCGUGAGCAACACCUUCGGACAGGACUUCACGCUCGGCCAGGUGGAGGUCAGCAUGGACUAUGAUGCCGCCUCCCACACCCUCCACGUGGCUGUGCUACAGGGCAAGGAUCUCCUGGAGCGGGAGGAAGCCAGCUUCGAGUCCUGCUUCAUGCGCGUCAGCCUGCUGCCCGACGAGCAGAUCGUGGGCAUUUCCCGGAUCCAGAGGAAUGCCUACUCUAUCUUCUUUGAUGAGAAGUUCUCCAUCCCCCUGGAUCCUGCAGCCCUGGAGGAGAAGAGCUUGCGGUUUUCCGUGUUUGGCAUCGAUGAGGAUGAGCGGAAUGUCAGCACCGGGGUGGUGGAGCUGAAGCUUUCUGUACUUGACCUCCCACUGCAGCCCUUCAGCGGCUGGCUCUACUUACAGGACCAGAACAAGGCCGCCGAUGCCGCGGGUGAGAUCCUGCUCUCCCUCAGCUACCUCCCGACAGCCGAGCGCCUCACCGUGGUUGUGGUGAAAGCCAAGAAUCUCAUCUGGACCAAUGAUAAGACCACAGCGGACCCCUUCGUCAAGGUGUAUCUGCUGCAGGAUGGGAGGAAAAUGAGCAAGAAGAAGACCGCUGUGAAGAGGGACGACCCAAACCCUGUGUUCAACGAAGCCAUGAUCUUCUCAGUGCCGGCCAUUGUGCUCCAGGACCUGUCUCUCCGUGUGACGGUGGCUGAGAGCAGCAGUGAUGGCCAUGGGGACAACGUGGGCCAUGUCAUCAUCGGGCCAUCAGCCAGUGGCAUGGGCAUCACACACUGGAACCAGAUGCUGGCCACGCUGCGCAGGCCUGUGUCCAUGUGGCACCCUGUCCGGCGAAACUAGCAGCCGGGGCAGGACCAGGGUGGGCACUGGAGCUGCCUGGGGUCUGGCACAGCUCAGCUCUGAUGCCCUUUUCCAGUCCAGCUGGAGCCAUGAACACUGGGAGCCCCCAGUGGAGUCCCCACGAGCCACCUUGGUCCCUCCAUGCAGGCUGCAGCAGAGGAGUGGGCCUGGCUAGAUAUCCACGGUUUGCUUCCACUGAGGCCAGCUGUGGCUGGGCUAGGACCUAAGGAGGGCAGCUGGGCCCUGGCCCACUGUGCUACCAUUCUGAGACCCUCAAGCGGUCUAUCCAUUGGUCUGGGGGGACCUUGGCCUCUCAGAGCUCCCCAUUCCCUACCCUUGCUGGGAGGCCAGCAACAAGCUGGGCCAUGCACAGGAACUGAGUGAGUCUCGGGGGCCAGGCAACUGUGCUAGGCACCAGUAGGGGUGACAGGAAUAAGACACAGCCCCUAGGACGUCAGGAAGACAAGACCUGCCUGCCCUGGUGAUCCGCUCAGUGCUGAAUGGCUUGGUGGGGGGGGCUCUGGGGGUUGGGGGAAUGAGACGGAAGCUGCGCUUUGAGGCACAGGAAAGAACUGGGUGUCCAGGCAGGCAGCCCAGCUUAAGCCAUGGCAGGGCUGUGAACUUCCCCGUCAGAGUCUCUAGCCUACUGCAGUGGAUGCAAGGGCCUCUUUCUGGGCAGGUCAAGCAGAGGCCCACAGGGUACAUGCGACACUGGCUCUAGGUCAUUCUCUGUGAAAUCUACUCCCUUGAGCCACAACCCUUACAAGGCCCAGAGGUGCAAGGAGGCCCAGACCCCAGGCCCUUGUGUCCAGUUCCAUGCAAACCAGGCACUGACUCCGCAGUAUUUGUUGGAGUCCGUCCAGGCCAGGCCCUGUUGGGAAGAGAGAUGGGGGCUGGUGGGCAGUGGGGCAGCCAGGAGACAGACUGCAUGGGGUGCGUUGGACAGGCCUUUGGGGCUGCAGGUGCCCAGGAAGAUGCAGUGGAACAGGAGGCCCUGGGCUGGCCGGAAGGGGCAGCCUGAGCAGUGGCAGUGAGGAGCAGUCAAGAAACGUCAAGAUGGGUUUGGGGGACAGGGCUGAAUGCCACCCUGACAAGGUUCUGGAGCGUGGUUCAGACCUCUGCAAGCUCAGCUCAGGAGGUGUCCUACGGCGAUGUCCCGAGGCAGACCCUGAGAUGUGUAGGCAAGGAGUUUACUAGGGGAGGGCCCUCAGGAGACCCUGCAAGGCAGAAAGGAAAGCCUGGGCCCGGGGAGUACGCAGCAAGCCGUGGCUUCAGGAGAGUCUCGCUUUGCCUGAUGGCUUGUGGGAGCUCUCUGUGGGAGUGGCACCCCAGGGGGUGCUUCCCAGAAGCAAAGGGGUUGGGCUGUUACAGCCCACUCAGUCUUUGGCUACCACCACCCCAGCUGGAGGGAGAGCGCACAUAGCCUUCCAGGUGUCCCUGGCUGAGGCAGGGCCAAAGCAGCCGGCAGCUGUGUACCCUUUGAGCAGAAGGGGCCCCUGCUGGUUUUCAAAGGGAUGGGGUUGGGGGAGGCAUGUAGUAGCAUCUGCUCUACGGAGCCACCCACAGAUGAGUGCGUGGGCUCUCAGGCUGGCUGCCUCUGGCUCUGGUGAGCUAUGGAGAGCCAGGCCCAACCAGUUAUCCCUAGUGAUGUUUGGGGGGGGCCAGGGUGGUCAUGGGAUUGGAGGUAGGACCGUGGCUCUCUCCACCUGAUACAGCCAUGACCCAGCCUUACAGCCAUACAGCAUGUCCACCCUGUGGCCAGCACAGGGCCCAGGGACACACAGCUGGCAAGCCUCUGCAGCCUGGGAGACCCCAGACUUUUUCAACCCCAGUGACUGUGCUGUGCAGGCCAUUCACCCACCUUCACUACCCCCUCUUCCCUCACUCUAACUGCAUGAAAUGUUGACUGCACCCAGGAUGGGCAUGGUGGGGACCGAGUAUGCUGACUGGAAUGAUUCUAGACCCAAAAUAAAGCUGGGGCAGGAAGGA